AUGGUGGAGAAAUUGGGGCUGCCCACACUUAAGCACCCCAAGCCAUAUGGGUUGCAAAUGCUAAACAAUUAUGCAAAGGUGAAAGUCACUAAGCAAGUGGUGGUACCAUUCUCCAUAGGGAAGUACAAAGAUGAGUUAUAUUAUGAUGUUAUCCCCAUGCAAGCCACUCACUUGUUGCUUGGGAGGCCGUGGCUGUUUGAUAUGGAUGCUACACAUGAAGGCCAAAGCAACACCAUCUCAUUUAUCAAGGAUGGCAGAAAGGUCAAGCUACUCCGAUUGACCCCAUCUCAAGUCCAUCAAGACCAAAUCAACAUCCAAAAGUCCAUUAGUGGAGCAAAGAAAAGUGCGAGUGAAAAUAAAGGAGUGGCUGAACCUAGUGGAGAGAAAAGGAGAGGAGAGAAUGAAGGGAAAAAUGAGAGGAAAGAGUCCAAGAAGGAGGGACCAUGUUUGGUGCAAAAGGAGAGCAAGGAGAGAAAAGUGAGUUUGUAUGCAAGGGGGAGGGAAGUGAGAGAGAGUUUGUUUUUAGGGAAACCCAUGUUUUUAUUUAUGUAUUCUGAGUCAUGCUUGACUCUUACUGACCUUGACCCUUCUCUUUCUAAUGCUGCUGUGUCUCUUUUACAGGAAUAUGAAGAUGUAUUCCUUGAUGAGAUACCUCCUGGACUUCCACCAAUUAGGGGGAUUGAGCAUCAGAUUGACUUCAUUCCUAGAGCUACAAUUCCCAAUCGCCCUGCUUAUAGGAGUAAUCCAGAAGAGACCAAGGAAUUGUAG